AUGGAAGAUGGAGUCUAUGAUGAUGUGGGCAGCUUUGAGCUGAGUGAGGUGGACAGAGGAGAGAGAGUGGAGAUGAUGGUGGAUAUUUAUGUGAGCGCAGACGCUGUUAGAGCUCAGGAGACCAACACACAGAGGGAAACAAAGGCACAGCAGACCAGUGUUAGAACAGAAAUCAGAUGUUCCAGACUGGCUGUGGUGUGUGUGGGGCUGCUGUGUGUUCUCCUGCUGACCACCAACAUAGUGCUGAACAUGUACUAUACUAAAGUGAAAGAAAGCAUCUAUUCCCUGAGAGUAAAGUUCACUGCAGAGAGAGAGACCCUCUUAUCCAGUAUCAGAAACCUGACUGAAGAAAGAGACCAGCUAAAGAGCAGCUACCAGAAUCUGACUGAGGAGAAAGAGCAGAUAAAAAAUGAGUUUGAAAAGUUAACUGAAGAAAUAAUCAUCUUACAAACCAAACACGAGCAAAUACUUUUAAAAUGUAUUUGUGCUCAUCACUCUGUGGAAGAGAAAAGCUGUUUUAAGGACUGGAAGAAGCACAAAAGCAGCUUUUACUUUUUCUCUACUGAGCAGAAGAGCUGGAGUGCAGCCAGGCAGGACUGCAGAGAGAGAGGAGCAGAUCUGGUGAUCAUAAACAAUAGAGAGGAACAGAUGUUCCUCAUUGACCAAAAGAAAGGGAGGAAUUUCUGGAUUGGUCUGACCGAUGAAGACAAAGAAAACAUGUGGAAGUGGGUGGACGGCCAACCGCUGACUGACAAAUUCUGGAAGAAACAUGAACCCAACGAUGCUAAUGACGUGGAGGACUGCGCUGUGUUCACCACUACAGCUGAAUACGGCUGGCGAACAUGGAACGAUAUGUCCUGCUCUGUGAGCGAAAACUGGGUUUGUGAAUUCAAUACAACAAAAUGUCACUGA